CACCAAGCCGGCGCCUGGUGCCGCGAUCCCCUCCAAGCCGGCGACCGCCUCUACGUCAUGCCCUGGGUGCCGUACCGCACCGACACCCUCACCGAAUACGCCUCCUGGGACGACUACGUGGGCGCCCGCCACACCACCACCUACCGCCUCCCCAACCGCGUCGACGGCACCGGCUUCGUCGUUUACGACGGCGCCGUCUUCUACAACAAAGAACGAACCCGUAACAUCGUUAAAUACGAUCUCCGCACCCGUAUCAAGAGCGGCGAAACCGUGGUGGGCGCCGCCAACUACCACGACACCUCGCCCUAUCGGUGGGGCGGCAAAACCGACAUCGAUUUGGCGGUGGACGAGGACGGGCUGUGGGUUAUCUACGCCACGGAGGGCAACGGCGGCCGGUUGGUGGUCAGCCAGCUCAACCCCUACACCCUCCGCUUCGAGGGGACGUGGGAGACCGGCUACGACAAGCGAGCGGCUUCCAACGCCUUCAUGGCUUGCGGCGUCCUCUACGUCAUCCGCAGCGUCUACGUGGACGACGACAGCGAAGCCGCCGGCAAUCGGGUGGCUUACGCCUUCAACACCCGCGCCAACCGGGGGGAGGCGGUGGAGAUGGCCUUCCCCAACCCCUACCAGUACGUCUCCUCCGUCGAUUACAACCCCCGCGAUAAUCAGCUUUACGUCUGGAAUAAUUACUUCGUGGUGCGAUAC